UCUCUUCAUGGUAUCAAGAGCCUUCCUCUCACGAGAACAUUAAAUCUAUAUUUUUUUUUCUAGUUUCUGCCAUGGCCGGCGCAAUCACCGCCACCACCCAGGUCAUCACUCUUACGGCCACCAACCACUUCCCCAUCAAACUCACGGCCACCAACUUUCCUGUGUGGAAAUGCCAAGUCCAAUCUGCUCUCAUUGGAUUGGGACUUGACGGUUAUAUCGAUGGGACCAUCACUACACCGGAUCAAUUUCUUGAUACGGCCAAAACACAAAUCAAUCCCUGUUAUACUAUCUGGUAUCGACAGGACAAAACCAUUAUCAGUGCACUACUUGGUAGCUGCUCGGAUACUAUCCAACCCGUUAUCUCAUCUGCUCUCACCGCCAAACACGCAUGGGAUAAACUCGAUCUCACCUAUGCGAGUACAUCUCGUGGCCGGAUUAUAUCCCUCAAAACUACACUGUCCCACACCAAGAAGGGCUCCCGGAGCAUUCCUGAUUACCUUACGGAGAUGCAGGCGAUUGCAGAUGACCUCGCUCUUGCUCAAAAUCCCGUCUCAGAUCAAGAUCUACUCGUCCAUAUUUUAAAUGGGCUAGGUCCGGAGUAUGGCGAUUUGACAUCUGCCAUACGUGUGCGUGAGACUCCCCUACCUUUUUCUGAGCUCCAGUCUAUUCUCUUGGAACGUGAGGAACGCAUACGUGAAGAAGCUGCUAGUGCUCCAACCUUGGUCCCCACAAUCAAUGCUACACAGCCAUAUUCCAGGUCAAACAUCCCAUUUGACCGCCGCCCUGCAACAGUUAAUGACAAGCGCCCAACUACUGGACCCAGGCGUGGACAUGGAGGCAUGCAUACCUCUGCUUCUCGUCCAUCCUCAAAUCUUAUAUGCCGAUUUUGUGAGAACCUAGGCCAUGAAGUUCAGGCGUGUCGUAAACUGCAACGAUUUCUGCGAGAUAAUAAGGUGCCAUAUCCAGCGGUUCCUAAUAUCCAGUAUACAACUGCGGCCAUGCCUCCUGGACAUCAGCCGUGGCUUUUUGACAGUGGUGCGUCGCACCAUGUAACUUCUGAUGCGUCCCAACUUCCGACAUACACUGAUUAUGGCGGUCCAGAUGAAGUCCACUUGGGAAAUGGACCGAAUCACGGGGGCGCCUCUACUACGAGGGGAGAAUCAUCAUGAUGUUUACUAUGCACCAGUUUUUCCUUCACCGCAAGUUCAUGUGUCUCAAGUCUUGGGUUCCUCUGCUUGGCAUCAUACGUUUGGCCAUCCGUCUUCUCGUAUAUUUAAGUGCUUAGUUCAUCAAAAUAAUAUUCCAAUUUCUUGUCAUGACACGGGCGUGUCUCAUUGUAAUUCGUGUCAUAUCAAUAAAAGUACAAAACUUCCG